UGCGCGAGAAACUCUUCCCAUCCUCCUCCUCCUCCUCCUCCUCCUCCUCCUCCUGCCUCUCCUGCACGGAUGCGCUUGUUCCAGGAGGGCUGUAAAAAAGAAAAAGAAGAAGAAAAAAAAAAGAAAGAAAGAAAGAAAGAAUUAGAAGAAGAAUAACAAAAACCUCCUCCCUUCUUUUUUUUCGUUCUUUUUUUUUUUUUUUUUUUACAUUCAAAAAAGCAGCUGUGUGAGGUUGCCAGUUUCGGAGCUUGUCCCCUCCCCUCACCCACACACCACCCUCCACCCCUCCUCUCUCGAAUCGGACCCUUCAAGCUGAGACCGGCGCGCUGCGAUCCGCUCGCCUCGCUCUCUCCGCGGAGCCGCCGCCACACCGCGCGGAAAUAACGGGACUCCAGCGGCGGGAGCCGGGCUGCACUUUGAGUGGAUCAUUAAAGAAUGGAUGACACAUCAGUCACUGACCUCACAGAGUCAACAUCUCUGUAGUCAGUAAAACUGACUGAACCUGAUUAACCAGGAGCCAUCAGGCUGACGGACUCACAGUGGAUUUAACGUCCCCUGGUUUAGAUGAAUCCGCAAACAAACCACGUUGAUGGAUUACAUCGAGGACAAUCAAAAACCCAAUCCUGCGCUGACUGAAAAAUAAGAACAACAGCAUAUGCUCUUUCCACAGCAGUGAUGUAUUUGAGCCUCUUGCACCAUGUGGUCAACAAGGUUGCUUCUUUCCCACACCUCUGGGACUCUAGAUUUAUCAUGAUACUAUUUUUGUCCGUUGCACUCCCAAAGUUCCCAGCCAACUGAUUGUGACUGCGGCGACAUGUCUCUACCCAAGCGAAGGAAAAUCAGGACUUUUGCUCUGCUGUUUUGUGUCAUCACAUUUACAACGUUCCUGUUCAGUUACACUUUCCGGGACCCCUCGCUCUACUUCUUCAAGUACGCCUUUCGCCUCUCGGACAACUUCUUCUCCAAAGGGAUGUGCGCCUGUCGGCAGUGCAUGACGGAGCUGGAGGACGACCCCUGGUUUGCUGAGCGCUUCAAUCAGUCCAUCCACCCUCUGAUGACCAGGGAGAACAGUGUCCUCUCUGAGGAAACCUUUAAAUGGUGGCAGUGGUUGCAGUCAGAGAGGCAGCCGGCCAAUUUCAGUGGAGUGGUGGAGGAGCUGUUCCAAGUCAUCCCUGAUGAGGUGCUCUACAUGGACGCCAGCCCCGAGCGCUGCAGGACCUGCGCCGUGGUGGGGAACUCUGGCAACCUGAAGGGCUCCCAGUACGGCGGUCUCAUCGACUCCAGUGACUUCAUCAUAAGAAUGAACCAGGCUCCCACCUCUGGUUUUGAGGAGGACGUGGGCGCUAGAACAACACAUCAUGUCAUGUAUCCGGAAAGUGCCAUAGACCUGGACAACACCACCAGUCUGGUGCUGAUCCCUUUCAAGACCCUGGACCUGCAGUGGAUCGUUAGCGCUCUGACCACGGGGACCAUUAAACAGACAUAUAUCCCUGUCACGUCCAGGAUAAAGGCAAACAAAGAUAAGGUGUUGAUUUACAGUCCCACAUUUUUCAAAUACGUCUACGAGUCGUGGCUCGAGGGUCACGGACGAUAUCCUUCCACCGGAUUCCUCAGCUUACUGCUCGCUAUCCACAUUUGCGAUGAGGUCAGCGUGUUUGGAUUUGGGGCAGACCAGUAUGGAAACUGGCACCACUACUGGGAGGAGAACCAUUUGGCUGGAGCGUUCCGACACACAGGAGUCCACGAUGGAGAUUAUGAAUAUAAUGUCACCCUGCUGCUGGCAGACAAGCACAAAAUCCAAAUGUUUAAAGGCAGAUGAUACCAAGCCAGUAUGUUUGUUGGGAUGGCCAUCAGAUGAACUUCAGUAACCUUUUACUGUAUAUUUUUAGUUCCUUUCACGCUGGAAGAACAUUUUUUCCAAUGAUUUCCAAAGACCCAAGAACUCUUUCUAUUCUUCAACUGAAGCUACUGUUUAAGAAAUGUCACUACGAUGGACAAAACCAACAGACAAGGCAAACGCAACACUGCCAUUUGUUCCAGAAACUCAGUGUCUGGGAGUGAACAAAAGGAGACAGGACAAUAUGUCUUAUCAAAAAGCAUGCUAUACAAAAAAAAAAAAAAAAAAAAAGCUUUGGUUGUAUUGUCUGUGUGUACUCGCUUUUUCUAUAAAUGGUUAGCAUUGUGGCUACCUGGAGCUUUGUGUCUUAAAGGCCGUUGACACGAAAUAAGUCCCGUUGACAGCAGCAGUCAGACAAAGUGCCAUAUUACUCUGCUGAUUUAUAGACAUAGCAAGAGGGAUAUUGUGUGAAGUUCAUCAUUGUCAUCCGUGCAGGAAGAGCAUCUCAGAAUUAUAACCACUGUCUGCCGCUUUAAUUGGUGUGUAUGGGAGGUCGCUUGAGUCCAAACUGACGAACAACAUACCUAAAAGCGUCUUAGUGAGCGUCACAACAAAACACAUAGCUGACUGUACCAUAAAUUUCACUUCAGAAUAAAUUAUCGCCCAAUGGCAGAGAACGUGGUUUAUUAUUAUACAUUCCAUAAGAGUAGGUAUGAGAGAGAGAGAGAAAGAAAGAGAGAGAGAGAGCUGUUUUUCAUCAUACUGACCAAAUUCUUAGAAACUGCUUUCACUACAGAGCUGCUUGUUUCUUGCUUGUCUGAUUUGAGCUGUAAAAUAUAGUUUGAUAAGGCCAAGGGACACUUACAAUCAAGUCCAAAAUCCAGCCCUAACGUUCGUCAUUUAUAAAUUACCCACACAGCCUCAGCCAGAGUUUUAGAGAUGCUCAGGUCAGAGCGUCUCCCCCUCUCAGAAAACUAUUGACCACACUUUCAAUUACAGAUAUUUGCUGAUAAUUUGUUCUCAACUUGACUGACAAAAUGGUGUUUGAAAAGACCUGUCCGCACUGCCAGAAUUUAAAUUAGGCUGACAACAAAACACAGCCGCAGCAGCGAGAGUUGUCAAAUUGUAACAUCUUGAGUCUAAAAUUACCCAGAGCAGCCCCCCAAAUUCCCACCUUGUACACAUUUUUAGCCAUGCUGGCAGUGUGGCACGGGGGACGGCAGUGUUGACUGGUCAAUCGCUAAACAUUCAUACGUUCCCUCGCAGGAUGAAUCUCAGUAACUCUCCUGAUCCCAUGAUGCCCCCUCCAGCAUUACCAGCAGGUUGACAUCACGGGUGUUGAUCGAAAUACCUCAAAAAUUCGAUGGAGUCAACACACUCCAUCAUCAGCUCAAAAAUGUGUAAUUAAGCCAAUACGUCACCAAACCACUAGUGACUUUCAAAACCAAAAUGCAAAACUAAUGGCAUUCCCAUGAGCCUCUGUUGUAGUGUAGUUUUGAGGCUAAUUAGCAUGCUAACAAGCAAAACUAAAUGAACAUGGUGAAUAUAGCUGCUCCACAUCAGCAUGUUACCAUUGUCACUGUGAGCGUGUUAGUAUGCCAUUAUUAGCAUUUAGCUCGAGGCUGUGCUGGGCCUACGUGAGCAUCACAGCGUUGGAUGAACAACAAAUAAACUGGAUACUGCAUCGCCACUCAGCCUUGACUCAAAUUUUGCCCAGUGGGCACUCGCACUAUUGCAGCAAAAAAUUCCUCAUUGGCCCAUAUCUGUUGACAGAACACCUCAAACAGCAACAAGGUUCAUUAUGACUCUCUCUAUUAUUAAUUUUUGAUCCAUGGUGGUUUCAUAUAUUUAAAAUUGUCCUUGGGACAAGGAUAUGGAUUUAAAAAUCUGUGAAGUCAUCACAAUGUAAAAAUCUAACCAGGAAUUAAACCUAGAAGCUAGACAACACUUUUUGGCUCAUGCACAAGGGCAGCAAUUCUAAUUGGAAUGAAUAGUCGCCAUCUCUGCAUACAGUAUCCACUUCUAAAUAAUACAUCCAUGGUAAAAGAGCAUGGCUGCAGAUUCUUAGUCCUUCUUUCAAUUAUGGAAUGUAAACUCCCUCCAGCUCCAGCUGAACAUGGAAACUGUGGCUGCAACUAUCAGCACAUUGUUGAAGCAAUGUCACAGACAGAAUCAAAACUGUUACAACCUAAUAUUAUGGAUUAUCUUUAUUCACAUCCUUUUGACUGCAUGGGAGAGUGAGAAGUCAGUGGUGAGAUAACAAUGCUCGGGGUGGAUUUGAAAAGUCUAGUGGGCCCUGAAGGGCUCUACUGGAGAACUGUUUCAAAGAGUCAUGCUAUAGCGAAGCUGUUGAUGAGAUUUUCAUCACUCUCUGUUAUAAAAUCUGAUUUGACGCUUUUAAAUGCUCAAGGUGUUCCUCAAACACCAGCUUCUUUAUUAAGUUGUCGACAUUCAUUAUUCAUCGCCGGAAUCUGAUAUAUGAAACAGCCUAUACAGGGGUGCCUUAUCAUUCAAAUGAUGUACUGAACAUUUUUGAUGUACAUUGUGACAUAUUGUUCAUUAAGCGUGGGUGUAAAGUGCCUUUAAUGGAAUUUUAUAAGACUUAAUUUCACCAUCAAAUUGUUGUAGUUAAGUGUACCAUAAUUAUUGUUUUUAUAUAAUUGUCAGCAACCUUUACAAGCUUAAUUUAACAAAUCAUAAGCAUGAUAUUAUAACCAUCUUAAGUACAUGUGAGUAUUUUUUUGUAUAUACCACCGGACAAAAUGCUGAUUACAUGUUGAGUUGGUGUGUCAACAGCUUUGACUCUCUGGUAUUGAUGAAAUGCAGCAAUGUUGUUUUGUCCAUGCUUGAAAUUACCUGCUGCACCUGCUAAACUCGUUGUAGAUGUGUCGAGACCGAACGCUUUAUGCCUUCCUGAAACACACAUGUUUCAACCUUCAUGUAAUCAUUUUUCACCAACAGAUCUCUCAUCCGAAAUGUUUGUGUUGUCUCAGAUUCGUCCGAACUUGAGCUCGGUGGUGCUUCUGUAAUAGGCUAUGAUUUGCUCCAUGUGCCUUGGAACAUAAUGGGACAUUUGCACGCAUCGUCAGCAUCUUCCCGAUCAUUUUUCUUCUCCACGUGAGAGCAGACAUGAGAAGAGGAGCUACAAUAUUUGGUUUAUUCAAAUAUGUCAGCCCCCUCGGAGACCACAGUGGCGCACGUCUGUUAUGCAGGGGACACUGUCACCUAGUGGACAAGAACAUGUAUCAGUAUUAAAAUCCCUUGAUUUGUCCUUUACAUGACUGAUGUGAUGACUUAGUGUUAACUAGCUCUUUUCAAACUUCAUUCACUGUUUAAUGUUCCAAAACAAAGUCUGUCUCUCACCCAUAUUCAUUCUGUAUUCUAUUCUUUUCCAUCCAGCUCUUUAAUGUUGAAUAGUUAUGUAAUACCCAUUAAAGCAGCACCUUCAGAAAAAUCUAAUGUUUAUAUUCUUUGUGAAAUUCUCUUGGUCUGAAGAAGUCUCAGGUCACUGAUACCCCAGGGAGAGAUGUAUAAAGGAAUCUUGCAUCUUUUAGUGAACUUCCACAAAGUGUUGAAACAAAAGUGGAGCCUUUCUUGCUGAAAUGUCUGUAAAGGACAAAGGGGUUCAAUUUAAUAAUACAUUUCCCCAAGUUUAUGCAGAAUGUGUGUGGGUAAACUGUAAUGUAGAUAGUU